CCGUCGCCGUCGCCCUCGUCGUUCGAAGAGUUUUUAUCGCGCUCGCCGUUCGAAGAGACCCGCAGCAAAGCACACGGGAGGACGGCCGCGCUGCCUGGCUGUUGCUUCGCUAUCAGUGUUCAGCCAGUCAGUAAUGCGUUCUCCGAGCGAGAGAUAACGUACGUUCGGCGUGGUUCAAAAUACAGGAAAGGCUGUUCGAGUGUGUCGCGCGUUUAGAUUCAAAUCCGAGAUAGUGUUUUGUGUUGUUCGAUGAUCCGAGGCCAGUGAUGCGGCUUUCAUAGACACCAAAGGACAAUUUUCGACUAGAAUACCAAAGUGAAGGAAGACUUACCCGAGAAACGGUGUGACCAGGGUCAGGGUUACCGAAAUCUGAAGAAGCACGUGACUGGAAGUGACGUGGUGGCGAGCCAAAAGUUGCGGAAUUAUCAGAAGAGUGAUGAAGCAGGGUGUGUUAUGUGAGAUAGUGAAAAGCAUUUGAAUUCCAGCGUGCAAGCGUAAGCCUCUAUAUUGGCUCUAUAUUUGACCCUCGUCAAAUCGAAUGGCUGUCAUUGAAAUUAAAAUUAUGAUUAUGGCAAAAAUAGAUUUGUGAUGAAGCAAAUUGUUGGCACAAUAUCAAAUAUUUGAUAACCUAACAUAAAUUUUCAACAAAAGCGACGACCAGUGGUUCUGUUCAAGUUUGUUUACGUUUGUGGUCAAGAUAAUACUUCUUCUAGUGGUGAAUAAUUCAGCAGUGCAACUGUGUGUUCAAAACAUAACGACAUAUCUGUUACAACCCAUGACACGACCUUAAACGCGAAUCGAUCCAGCGAGAAACGACCAGCGAUAAAUCCGCGCACGAAGAACAAUUAUUAUUGGAGAAGUCUGAUUGAAGAAUUCCUCAAGCCAAGGUGCACAUCGUAGGAAGAAAUUAUAAUCGACGGAAAUCCGCUCCGGCACAAUAGUGCUCUCGGUUGUUUCCAGCCGUAGGUAAGACUCACUCAACAUCAGAUGCAGCUUAGCCGUCAGAAAGCGUCAGAAUAAACAAGACGAAAGCGAUGUAAUUAUGCUAAUCGAGUGCGAAUGAUAACCAACAGCACCAGCCACCAGCAGCAGUAGCCGCGUGGCAGCCGAGUUGCUCAAAACCAAAACCCCCUGACUGACUGUUGCACGCCGGCAGCGACGACGACGAUUUCGCUCGCUGCUCCUCCGGUCCGACUCUCGGACGGAGACCGCCUGAAGCGCGAGGGCGUGCGCCCGCUAGCGAAGUGUCUAACCGGCGAGAAAAGCAGGCGUGUGAGUUUGUGUGUUCCUCAUCGCCGUCGCUGCGGUGAUCGUAGCAAGCGUGCUAUUGUCGGUGGUCAAAAGUGUGCCGGAGAAAAAUUCCAGUUUGAUACCUAAAUAAUUCAAUAGACUGGUUCCAGCUUUAUAUGGGAAUUCAGCGAUUGAAGAAAUAUUGGCAGUUUCCUUUCCCGACCCAGUCUAAUAUUUAACCAGUGGCAGCAAUUGAAAUAUGUAACAGCGAAGAUUCAUACCAGUUUGGAAAUUCGCAAUUGCGCUAUAACUACGAAGACCAACAGCCAGAAGCAAAGAAGAGCUAACAAGCGCAAAAAGCAGCUUGGGCAGUGUGAAAAAUAUUUCAAUACGAAAUUGAUAGGAAGAGGGGGGUUUCCCCAAACAGAAGAUGUGGAAGAAGUCACCGGCGAAAGAAGUGUGAGAAAUUUUGUUAUUUUUUGUGUGCUUAGAAGUGUAGUGACGAAGACCAAAAGUGGCGCUCGUCGACAGUCAACAGAUUUAGCGGUGUCCGACUGCAGUGGAAAAGCGAAAGCAAACAAACGGCAAAUUGGAUUGAAAAGCGGUGGCGAAAACGGUUGGAAAAACUGCGCUGCACCAGCAGACGACUCUAGGAGGGAUCGGUCGGCCGACCAGCGGCGGCGCUGACUGCGAACAGUGUGGUAGCCAAGAUCAGGGUCGCGGUGAGGCUGUGAAUGGACAACGACGGAAAGAUAAUCGUACUUCAUGCCAAAAUUGCCAUCUUCAAUCACUAAAAAGACACCAUUAUUGUAAAUCAUUCUACUUCAGCACAUCUGAAUGCUGCAAAUCACAUCGGUGGAGGUACACCGCUACUUCUGGGACUAUAAGCCGAUUUACAUCGAUCGAACGCACUACGUCAGGGCCAAACAUCACUAAAUCAAUCGUGUUUCCCUGCUACAGCAUCAUCGGGUUCUAUCCCAUCCGACAGAGCAGCACUUACAAAAAAAAAGAACAGACUACUGCCAUCUAAGCAGCUAAGUGCCCACAACGAUGCCGACGACGUCAGGAACGACACAAAAACCAUAGCCUGCUACCAUCGACGUUAUCUCCAUCAAACGAUUGUCAUCGUCGGUCGUCAUACCGACGGUUUUUUUUCCUUCGACUGUCUACCAAGUCACAUCACAGCAGCGAACCUUGCCCCGAUGACGCCGAAGUUUAACGUGUACCAGAAAAAAGUCACCUAAGCCAUCAGAUGACGAUGCCUCAAUCUAAUCGAGAAACCUCUCCAAACGAUUCCCCCACUGUUGCAAAAGUAAUAUAGUCGGAGCAGGAAAAGAUUUUCCGCACCGUGUAAGGUUCCACUUGAACCGGGACAAUCAAUUCGAAAGUUGAAUAAAUAUCAAGAGCACUAGAGUACAAUCAAGUAAAGCUGUUCCUCGGUACGGGUAGAUUGAGUUUAUCUUCAAAUUGAAUUUCGCUGCACAGAACCGUAACUUGGCUUGUACUGUCGUGAGCAGGACCCGAUCGCCCCCUCCCCAUCAGCAGCGGAAUGGGGGCGUGAAGCCGGAUCCCCAAUCCGGUAGCACCUCCUUUAUGUAUGGAUCCGCCGGUUCACUCACUGCUGUCGACCUUACUACAACAAGCACCUGCGCAGGUUCUCUCCAUAGCCGACGGAGUGACCUCGACCGUGGUGUCGAGUGCGUCCGAAGUCGCCAUUGUCAAUGCUACGGCAACGAUCGGUUUCCUAGAGUACCUCCUUACCGGUAACAGCAGUUCCGCCGCCGCCAUCGCUACAUCACUGCCUGCCCUCGUCGAUCGUCUUGCGCCGACGUCGUCAACCAGCUCUCUACUCGACGAACUCGGCGGCAUAUCGGAGAUCUCUCCGACAGACUCCACCAAUGUAUUAACAAUACCGACAAUCAUAAUUAGUAUAGUACUCCUAGCCGUAAUCAUCGGAACCAUCGUAGGGAACGUGCUGGUUUGCGUUGCAGUAUGCCUGGUACGGAAGCUUCGCCGACCCUACAACUACUUAUUGGUCUCCCUUGCCAUAUCCGAUCUCUGUGUAGCAGUCCUCGUGAUGCCUCCGGCCCUAAUGUACGAGGUGUUCGAAGAGUGGAAAUUCGGAACCGUCGUCUGCGACAUUUGGGUGUCGUUCGAUGUCCUCUCCUGUACGGCAUCGAUCCUGAACUUAUGCGCCAUUUCAGUUGACCGCUACUGGGCCAUCACUAAGCCGCUCGAGUAUGGUAUCAAGAGGACCCCGCGCCGAAUGAUCAUCUGCAUUGUACUGGUUUGGCUAGUGGCUGCCUGUAUUUCACUCCCACCGCUUUUAAUUUUAGGCAAUGAACACAUGACCAACGGUAAGCCGUCCUGUUCGGUUUGUCAGAAUUUCUUCUACCAAAUCUACGCAACCCUAUGUGCGUUCUACAUCCCGCUGGCGGUGAUGCUUUUUGUAUAUUUCCAAAUAUUCCGCGCCGCCCGGCGGAUAGUAAAUGAGGAGAUACGAGCUCAAAGGCACCUGGAAGCGGCCAUUAACGGCUCUGUCCCCGCUCCCGAGAAGAAACUCUCCGCUGGUGGAACGGUUCUUGUCACCACCCCACAGCACAAGCGCCUGCGCUUCCAAUUAGCUAAGGAACGGAAAGCUUCCACCACGCUCGGCAUCAUCAUGUCGGCUUUCACCAUUUGUUGGUUGCCGUUCUUCAUCCUCGCUCUGGUUCGGCCCUUUCUUGGCGAAGACCACCGGAUGUUGUCCUCGCUGUUCCUAUGGUUGGGCUAUGCCAACUCGCUGCUGAAUCCCAUCAUCUAUGCCACUCUGAAUCGGGACUUUCGGAAGCCAUUCCAGGAGAUCCUGUUCUUCCGGUGCUCCAGCUUGAACAACAUGAUGCGCGAGGACUUCUACCACAGUCAGUACGGCGAUCCGGGCUCGCAGAGGCUAGUCACGACGAACGAUGGCGGUGGUGCCCGGGAGAGCUUCCUAUGAGUUUAGUGGUUAAGAUAGUUUUUUUUUUAUACGAUACUAAUAGACGGUAACGUGACCGACGGUAUCCGUUGGUCUGAGUAAAGGGCGAUUUUAUAGCAUUAGUGUGACUUAGAUAUAUCCGUAACAGUUAGUUCAAAUAAUUCGUUUCAUUGAUUAUAUUUGCUUUCAUCGGCAGAAAAAAAGUACACUGAAAGAAAACAUCAGACAUGGUUCGAAUCAGAGUCUAUUAUAUAGAGUUGCGCAAAGAGGAUCUUCUUACACUUAUUCUGAAUAAUCUUCUUGUUAUUGUGUUUGCAACUUUCAUUUUUGUUCAACCCUUAAAGUGACUUCACGGGAGUGUUCACUGCUAAAGUUUUUUAUUUCGAUAACCAAGUCACCCACAGAGUGCAAACACGUUAGUUUCUUGUUGCUACUUUAUUAAGGGGUGUAUUGAAGUUUUUUGAAGCUGUUUCUAGAGCCAAUCUAAUACAUAUCAAUUCAUGCGUUUUAAUUCGCCAUAAUAAUCAUUAGGCGAUAACAAUACUUCCGCCUUACCAACAAGCAUUUGUUUACUUUGCUCGAUAGGUAGACGGUUUGACAGUUCAAUAGGUAGAUUUGGCUUCACUCUUUGCGUAACUCUAUAUAUAAUAGACUCUGGUUCGAAUGAUUCCACAACAAAGUCGAAAAGAAUUACUGAGCCAGCCCACUAAAAUGAAAAUUGAGUAUAAAAGAAAGUCAACGGGUUGUUUUUGAAAGGAACAUAAUGUAAAUGAAGUUAUCGAAAAAUAUAGUAGCUCAAAUUUUGGUUAAUAAAAAUCUGUACAUUGACGCAAAUAGCUGUUAUUAGGAUCGUUGUAUCUGUGUACUGGGUGCAGUGUAGUAACUAUUAGAAAUCAUGAAACUGUCUGUACCCGAUAGGUCAUAAGUCGUUGUUGCACCAUAAUUGAAAGAAUUCUAGUGACACAUUGUACCAAAAUGAACAAACUAAAUACAAAUCAACCGAUUACGUUAAGUUUCAAUGUUUGUGAUAUAUGAUAUCAAAGUGUGUAGCGACAGAUACCAAGGCAAUUCAAAAGCAAAACAAAAACGAUAUUAACGUCACAAUACCGUACGGGAACACAAGCUCGAUAUUGAACUGCGAUAGAAAUAAAUACACUCACUGGCACUUGAACAGGGACGCAACCAAAUACAGAGAAUAUAACUGCACAAAUGAUGCUUUAAAUCCGUUGUCGACAAAAUUUAAAAAAAAAAUGUAAUCAAAAAACUGUGCAUAAGCAGUCGCAGGAAGAAUGGUCACGAUUUCUAAUUGCGGAUAGACGAAUCAGUUUUUACGUUCGACCACGCAUUUCAAUUUUAUUGUAACCCCAAAGAUGAGGGUAUUAAACUGCUCUCAACUCUGUAAGAUAUUAUUUGUAAAACGUACAACAAUGAACAAAAAUGUAGUGAAAUCAAAACAAAAAUUGUGAAA